CCUCGGGACAUGGCCCACCUUGCUGCCCAGAUUUCUGGGUUCUUCAUAAGGAAGGGGUGUAACGAGGCGUUUGGCCAGCGAAAUCUUUUCUCUCCCCUUGUAUGUUGGGUCGCGGUCAUGCUGUUGCGGCUCAAAAUCUUCUAUGGCGACGUACGUGCUACGAAGACCUUUGAGCCGCACUGCGGGAUGAGGGUUACCCCUCAUCACCUUACGCGGACGCGUGGUAUAUUAAAAGGGUGGACGAAACCAAGUUGACUCGGAUUGUUUUCGAGUUCUUAUGUUUCAACUACAUCUCCAUGUUAUAUAUCGCUUAUUACACAAUACGAGGGAAUGGCCGAGUUUGAUGAUAUCGAGUAUAAGGGUGUCGGAGAAGGUAAGCAUAUCGAUGUGGGCAGUGAUCGAUGCUUUCGGGAUUAUUCCCCUGGUGAUACCGUCAUAAGCCUGAGUGACGAUGGGCAAGCGCUGUAUUCGCGCGCUAUCCCCAACUUUUCAGAACCACCACAAGACUUUCCAAGGUUAAGCUUGAGUUCUCAACAACCGCAACCCGAAAGACACUACGGGAUCUCACCUCCUCUUAGCCAUGAUUCUCUUGUCGCAAUACAGGGACAUAACCCUCCAAGACUGGAAAAUGGACUGUCGCCUCUAGCAAGAUACCGCCGCGACCCACAAGCCCACGAGCAAAUAGCCCUAGGCAUCAAAAUCAACGACUCACCUCUCCAUCUCGACCUUGAAAGCACACCUCCCGUCCCCGCGGAAGCCAACGGGAAGUUACAGUCCGGGGAAAUAUCGUCCCUACACCUAAGUUCAAGCCCAAACCCCACCCCGUCAACAGGCCGCGGAAGUUCAUCCGCAGCUGCGCAGCUGCAGGAACUACUUGGCAUGAUCCAAUCCCCGGAAUGGGAGGACAACUUAUCCCCGGAAGAGCAGGCAGAACACCUGCGCAGAGCCACGAUAUUAAAGCGACGAGUCCGAUCCGAGACGAACCCGAGGGAGUCGAGACCGCCCAAGGUUCGCAAGAGAAGCCGCGCGAGCCCACAUGAUGAGAAGGACCAUCGAUGAUUGUCUUGGGUGAUGGGUUGACUUGGGGAUAGGUAGUAUCAUAGGCUAUAGCACCAAUCACCAUGGAGCUUUCUGAUGAGCAUGGAAGGCUGAAAUAUACCCGGUUCAAUAAAAAUCAUUGGAUAACCAAUUUAUAUCAUCAAUAAUAGGAAAUUCAAU